AUCGUCAAGCCUCGUUUUGCGCGCUGCUGUUUUGCUGUGUUGUCGUGAGGUCACAAACACACCGCCACGAGCCACUGCAAGCCCGCUCGAGCCUGCCUGCCUGCUUGCCUGCCACGAGGGAUCACAUCACGCAUCUCACACCAGGCCACCACAACAUAGAUCAAACCGAGCGCAGUUGGAGGAUAUCGUGUCUUGUGAAUGCUGUUGUUGUUGUGGGUGGUUUGGUACCGCCUGCUUGCGUUUGCAACGCUUGGAUUUGCAGCACCUGUGUCCGUCGCCACUGUUCCAGCGCCGUUCACCCCAAUCACGCCUGCCGAGUUUAUCACCAUGGCUGACCAAGGACAAGUCGUCUUGACUGAAGAGGUCAAGCACGACAACAAGCCAGUGACCGUCAAGAUCACCACCAACGAACUCAUCGUGGUACCCCAAACGCGAAGGACCACGAAAGCCGGCUAUCUCAGCUUUGAUGACGUGUAUGGCGUCCAAUCUGGCACGAACCGCCGCGGCCAGCCCAUGGUUGAGGUGUAUGCGCUGCUGCACAGGGGCAAGAAGCGUGUUGACCGUAUUGUGCCCAUGGCUUGCCAGAGCACCGAGCAAGCGCAACGCAUUGUCACCACCAUUCGCGCCGUGCUGGCCGGCGUCGAGCCAGGAGCUGAGCUCCCGCGCCGUCAUCUCCUUGUUCUCGUCAAUCCCUUUGGCGGCACGCGCAAGGCACCCAAGAUUUAUGAGAACACGCUUGUACCGAUGUUCACGCGAGCAGCGCUGAGCCACGACGUUGUCAACACGACACACCAGGGGCAUGCAAAGGAGCUGAUGCAAGGGCUUGAUCUUGACAAGUACGACGGGGUGGUGUGUGUCUCUGGCGACGGGCUGCUGAACGAGGCCGUGAACGGGCUCAUGUCACGCGAUGAUGGCGAUCGCGCGCGCCAGAUGCCACUGGGCCUCGUCCCAGCGGGCAGCGGCAACGGGCUGUGCAAGUGCAUCGCAACAAACACGCCCGAGGAAGCAGCGCACAACAUCAUCAAGGGCAACACAGCACCCAUGGACCUGGUGCGCAUUGAGCAGCAGGGUGCACCCGCCAACUACUCGUUCUUGCAAGUCAGUCUCGGCCUCCUUGCCGACGUCGACAUUGAAUCCGAACGCCUGCUGUCAUGGUUCAUGACGCCCGAGGCAGCCAAGCACGUGGGGGCGCCGUGCGUCAAGUACGCAAAGGUGAAGGCGGUGCGAUUUGAGUCCGCGCAGAACCGCGGCAUCCUCAACGUCGACGGCGAGGUGAUUGAGACGAAGGAAACGCAGCUGAGCGCGGUGCCAGGUGCUGUCAAGUUGAUGGUCCCUGCCGGUCUGCAGCAGCCAGACUGGGACAUCUCGCGCUUGCCAGAGGGCGGCAUGAACGUGCAUAAUCUGUAGCAGAGUUGACGGGCUUCAGACAAGUACCCCCGCACACACACUCUCUCCUCUUCUUCAUUAGCUUUUCAAUGCUCAGUUUGUUUG